ACCGCAGCAGUGUCUGUGGCGCCGCAGCGUUGAAAGAGAGCCGCACUGCACACUGACAAGCCUUGACUGGGCGAGGCGGCGAUCCCAGUGUGUGGCCCUCAUCUAUCAUCGCUAUGGGAAUUACCACAGCGUUCUUUCUGAACCAAGCUCUGAUCCCCUACUAUCUGAAACCGGUCCACCUGGAGACACGGACUAUAAAACACUGCAGUUGAGACUAUCGCUGCACCAGAGCCCGGCUCAGCUUCUCUCCUCCAGUAAACCGAGGAGGAUGACGAUGAUGAGAAACGUCUAGAGAUGAGAAGUGUUUCUUUAGCAGACAACUUGGACAAGGACGUUUGCUCGACCCUCAUCCGUAUUUUGAAAACCAGGACGAUGUAUGCUAUGUGUGUGUCCGCAGUGCUCUUAUGGACAGUGGUGAUUGACAUCUCAGCUCGGGUUUUGACUACAACCAGCCCAGCUGAUCCAUCCGUCCUCUCUCCCCGCCAAUAUCAGCACACCGACCCAGACUCAGGCACCCAGCUGGUCUGUGACAAGUGCCCGGCAGGCACCCACGUGUCUGUCCACUGCUCCCCAACAGCCGUGAGGGAGUGCAGCCACUGCCCUGAAGGCACAUUCACACGGGGUGAGAAUGGGGUGCAGAAAUGCCAUCCAUGUCGGGCUCCGUGUCCCUCAGGCUUCAUUGAGAAAGCGACCUGCACGCCCAUCCAGGACAGAGUCUGCACAUGUCCCCCCAACAGCUUUUUGUUUGGGGAUGGCGGCACAGAGUGUAGGCCCCACUCGCUGUGCCCUCCAGGGACCAGGGUGAAAAGGCGGGGCAGUGAAACAGAGGACGUGCUCUGUAGGCCGUGCACCAAGGGGACUUUCUCCGCUGUGGAGUCGAGUGUGGUGAAGUGCCGAACCCACACGGACUGCCAAGCUCAGGGGCUGGUGUUGCUCACACCAGGGACUAAAGAGACCGAUAAUGUCUGUGGACCCCCUUCUACAGCCCCCAUUUCCUUUUCAUCUUCAUCUGUCUCCACAACCAUCCUAAUGGGUCCUGCACAGGCUGUGCUCGUACAGGAACCCAUGAUUUCUUCAUCCACUCCAUCAUCAUCACUGACUGGACCUGCAUUUAAAGGCACCUACAGCCAGUCAGUAGCCAUUCAACUGAGGGGAAACCCAGGUGGGCAAGACCACCGUGCAGAGGGGCUAUUCCUUAGUCGGUCUGGCACUCCCACCCAACAAAAUCUUGAUCCCCCACAGACUCCACCGCUCCCAGCUCACAAGCAGCUCAUGGACCUCGAGCACCAGCAGGGGCAGCCCAAUUCUGACCCUGUGCCAGGCCCCAACAAGAGGACGGUGGAGGGUCUGGAGGGUGCAGAGGUAGUCAGGGUUGGGACGGGUAUCAGCAAGGUAGCUGGGCAGGGGAGCGGAGCAGGUGGAAGUGGGGUCUCCAGCUACUACAGGCCCACUCGUAGGGGGUCCCCAAGGCCGAGCACCCACGAUCACUUUGACAUCAACGAGCACCUCCCCUGGAUGAUAGUGCUGCUGCUCCUGCUGGUCCUGGUGGUGAUCGUGAUCUACAGCGUGAAACGGAGUUCUCGCGUGCUGAAGAAAGGUCCCAUGGACCCUAGCAGCAUCAUGGAGAAGGCAAUUCAGAAGAAACCAUCCGUGCCUCCAAUGCAGGUCAAAGAGAAGUGGAUCUACUACUCCAACGGACAGGGGGUGGAUAUCCUGAAGCUGGUGGCGGCCCAUGUGGGCACCCAGUGGAUAGACAUCUAUCAGUCGCUGGCCAACGCCACGGAGAGGGAGGUGGCUGCCUUCUCUAAUGGCUACUCGUCAGAACACGAGCGAGCGUACGCCGCGCUGCAGCACUGGACCAUCCGGGACAGCGACGCCAACCUGGCCAAGUUGAUCAACGCCCUGCACCGACAGCGCCGCAUCGACGUGGUGGAGAAGAUCCGCUGUGUCAUGGAGGACAACCCACAGUUUGACAUCAACCAGCUGAUGACCUCAGUGAAUGUAAGCCAAAGCCUCAGCCCCGUCCACAAGCCGCUGGAGUCUCCCAGCAGCAUCAGCAGCAAUAGCGGUGGUAGCGUGGGCGGUGGUAGCGCGGGCGGUGGUAGCAUGGGCGUUGGUAGCAUGGCCGGCGCCAGCGGCAUGGCCGUGGAGCAGUCGCCGGUGGACCGUAGCAAAGGCUUCUUUCCCGACGAAUCGGAGCCCCUGCUUCGCUGUGACUCCACCUCCAGCAAAGACUCCGCCCUCAGCAGGAACGGCUCCUUCAUUACCAAAGAGAAGAAAGACACUGUUCUCCGGCAGGUGCGUCUGGACCCGUGCGACCUGCAGCCCAUCUUCGACGACAUGCUGCACAUCCUGAACCCAGAGGAGCUGCACGUCAUCGAGGAGAUCCCGGCCGCUGAGGACAAGCUGGACCAGCUGUUCGAGAUCGCGGGAGUCAAGAGUCAGGAGGCCAGCCAGACGCUGCUGGACUCGGUCUACAGCCACCUCCCGGACCUGUUAUAGUGGAGGAAGGAAGGAAGGAAGAAACCACACGGAUGAGAAUUGGCACAGAAAUAGAAAGGAAUGCCUUAGUGGGAAGGAUGACUCAGAUCUGAUGUUGUUCAGAAGAAGCUUGGCUUGAUAUUUGAUCUGAUAAGUGUCAGACUUGUCAUGUCACAUUGUCACAGGAUUUGAGCUAGGUGUUAUAGAUCAGGUGGCUAUCUACUCCCUCUCUUUUUCAAAUCUUUACUGGUACUUUACUCCUCCUAACCCUCCAAUCUUCUUCAAUUGUCUUGUGUGUAUACUCCUUCCACCCUCUACCUGAUACAGGGUCAAUGCUCAUUGUAAUUAAAGCAUUCUAAGUGUCAUACCAAGGAGUACUUUGGUUAAGGUGGUAUUAUGAUAGCAUCGUGACCCUAACAAAAAGGCUUAACCAAAGGCCAAAUUUAGAAAAAGCUGGUUUGAAGAGAAGCUGACUAAAUGGAAAAACAAACAAAAAUGCACUUUCUUUAUCUUAACUGGCCAAUGCCUUCACUUUUAAAGGGUCAUUCCAGCUUUUUUCGUGGGUUGCGCCAAUCAUCCUGGCUUCCCUUGCCUUUAACAUGAUUUCAGUGUUUAAAAAAUCUAAUUUAACAUGGUGGUUAUUGCUAAAUGAUUG